AUGGAUGGUUUCUCACUUGAAGCUGUUCUCGAUGGGAAACUGAGAAGAUAUCUAAGGAUAAGGACAAUUCUGCCUUCGCUUAAUGCUUACGAGCACAGGCAAGAUUUGUCAGUAAACUCCCAAGGGAACGCCCAGCCAUCUCCAUGGACAAUUCUCAAUGCAACGCAACUUUUUAGGACUCCGGAAAUAUUGUUUGCUCUAACAGCAACACCCCCACCCUCCCCCUCCCCCUUCGAUUUUGCUCUUCUGUGUCCUAGUCAUGAUACAAGCCGAGAUGUCCUGAAUUACUCGAUACCAUGUAUAUUCAAAACGAGUUGGACAGGCAUAAUCGGCAAUCUUCAUCUCCAAGAAAAGGGAAGUAUUAGACUAAUUCCGUCAGAGACUGUUCCAAAAUUGUUAAAGAGUCGUGGUGCCGCAGGUAAAUUAAAUAUGACAGGAGCACUGCUACUUCCUUCGCAUUACGAUGUGCUCAAGGCUGGUCUGGUGAUCCUGAUAGCUCACUCUGCAUGA